AUGGCAACCAAUGAAGACCGAGACAACGAUGCGGCGGCAAUUCUCAACUGGGAAGGAACAAACGAAAUAAAAAGUGCGAAUGAAUACAGUCGUGGUCUUUUGUUUUCGGUUCUUGAUGCAUUGGAUGGGAAUAAAACGAUUGUUUGGGACCGAGACAGAAGUGUAAUGCAUAGAGUCAAUUUGUUCGCCGGUGCUUCUGUUCUCGCUGCUCACGGAGUUGUCGCCAAUCACUCGAUUGAAACCAAAAAAUCUGUGUCAACACCUCAUGUCGUGUUCUUCUUGGCUCCAACAAUGGUCUCAUUGGAUCUUCUUUGUGAUUAUAUUGAUACCGUUCGGAAUGACCCGAAAGUCCUCUACCAAGUGUUCUUCAUUCCCGAAGCAUGGUACGUCGUCAGAGAGAGUCUAAAGCUGCGAUCCGAAGGAAAGUACUGGGAACGUCUCGAAUCUGUAAAGGAGAUUCCAUUGUGUUGGUUGCCACGUGAUGGAGAAUGUCUGUCGCUUUCCAGUCCACAAAUCGCUUCAAGGCUUCUUAUCAACGGUGACUGGACACACCUUCACAAAUGUGCGGUGGCUUUGAAUCAGUUAGUUGAUAUGUGCCGUGGACAUUCUCCAUCAACUCAUCAGAGACCCAUGGCGAUUUAUUCGAAAGGAAAAUGGGCAACUGACGUGGCAAGAAUGAUGAAGAAGGUUCGAAACACCACAGAAGCCGAUCACUUUCUGAAGACGACAGAUCCCAUUGAAGGACUUUUAAAAAUCAAUCGAAUCGUCCUAAUUGAUCGAUGGCUGGAUCCUCUGACCCCAAUGCUCUCUCAAUUGACAUUUUACGGAUUAUUAGACGAGAUUUAUGGAAUCGGGACGGUGAACUCUGUUAAAGUGCCGGAGACUGAAUUUUCAAAUGCCAAAGAUGGAGAUCCAUUCGCUGAAAAAGAGAUUCAUUUGAGAGACGAAGUAUAUCAUCGACUAAAGCAUUCACAUAUCAAUGCGAUUAGCAAUGAGGCAUCGAAAGUGCUUGCGGAGAUAAGAGAUGAUGAGCAGUUUGAUCGAGACAAAAUGUCAGUGGCCGAGUAUUCAGUUCUGGUCAAAAAGAUGCCAAAAAUCAUAAAUCGCAAAAAGAUGAUCGAGCAGCAUAUGAGAUUGGCUGAGAUGAUUCAGGGGCACGUUUACUGUAAACUGUCGGAUUCGAUUAAAUUGGAGAGAGAACUUCUCGACUUCUCGGACAGUGACAAAGCGACUCCUUUAAUCGAGGAUCAAAUCUACGACGCCGCCCCAUUGAACACCGUACUCCGUCUGAUUUCAGUUCAUUCUUUGACAUGUGGCGGUCUGAAAGCUUCUGUUCUUCAACACUACCGACGUAUCAUUAAUCAAAGUUAUGGCUCAUCAGCACUGAACAAAAUUUUGAAAAUGCAAAAAAUGGGAUUAAUUCGAGAGAAAGGAGGUGCUGGAAAAAUGCAAUGCGAGUACGCUCCAAUGCUCUAUCAACAACAAAAGAAGGCGUAUGAUAUGCUACCUGAGAAUUUCAGUGAAGCAAGAAUGUCAGAUAUCGCUUAUGCUUAUAGUGGAUUCGCUCCAUUGCUCUGUAAAAUAUUGGAUGAAGGAGAUCGAGUGAAAUGGGUUGGAUGGCCAAAGACAGUGUUGGGAGAUGAUGGGAUCGAUCCGAUUUCUGAAAGAGAUCCACGUGGCACAUGUAUUUUUGUGAUUGGAGGAUUGACGAGAUCGGAGAUGGCUCUUAUUCGAGAAAAUAUGCCGAAUAUAUCUUUGAUUACUACGAGUGCAUUGAUAACAGGCGAUAAGCUUUUGAACAAUAUCACCAAUAUUUGA